GAAAAUUGUUUUUAGGAUUGGUCAAAUGUCGUCUUUAUCCUGUAACUUUAUCAAAUACAAGCAGGAAACAAUCAGCAAGGUUGAGUGGUCUAUCAGCUAUUCUAGUGUUAGCACAAACUUUUUUGUUUCACAUUAUGAAAAUGGCCAGAAAGACGUUCCAACCUCUCCUUAUUUUACUGUGGAAGGUGCAAGUUCUGGAGAGAAGGUUGUAAGAAUGAUGGUUAAUGAUGACCGGUCUAAGCAGGUCAACAUCUGCUGUAAAGUUGAAGCAGUCAGGGACUCUGGGUAUGGAAUAUCUAAGUAUGCUAUUCAGGGACUCUGGGUAUGGAAUGCUGAAAAAAGUUGAUUCUGAAAAAUGUUCCCAAGUUGGCGUAAUCCCAGGAGAUAAAGUUCAAGAGUUGACAUUUUUUGUUAGUGAUGAUUUAGUGAAGGUUGGAGGAUACCUUCAAUACACUUGUAGGGUAGGUUAAUAGAAGCUUUUUAAC